CUUUAUUGACACAGCCCUUGUACGCAGUGUUGUCCUUCAGCAUAGCCUUCAUUCAAGCUUUUUCCUGGCGUAACUGGAAUAACCCUGCGUUGAAGGACACUACACCACUGUGGACCAUGGCGGCAAAGAUUCUGCCCGUAGUAAAACUGGCCACCAAGGUGACCAUUGGAGGAGCAGCUCUCUACGUCGCCUACGGCUCUGGCCUGUUAGGAAGCAGCGAGCAGGGCUCCGUGGCCCUGGGGAAGGCCAAGGCUGCGAUCCCCCCCGCCGUACAGGAGUGGAUGAAGUACUUUGGCCUGGAGGCUCAGCUUCCAACCAUACCUACAGUGGAAUUUUCUCCCGUUCAGGCCUGGAACUCUGGGGUGCGGAAAACCAUUUCAACUCUUUCAGAGGCGCCAACAAACGCAGUUGGAUACACAAAUCAGGGUUUUCAGUACAUGAAAGACCUGACGAAGUAAACAGGACCUCAACCUGGACAACCUGACAUUUAUUCAUGUUUUUGAGUUUUGCACUUGAGAAAUUCUUCAAAAGUUGUUUCCCCUCCCAGGAAAGAAGAAACUCCCAACAUAGAAGGAAACAGUUCAGCUAUAACGAGUGGAGACUGAAUGGGUACUUUGGUUCUCUAAAUGUUAGCGGCAUUCGUUUUGAGUUGUUUUGUACAUAAUGCUAGGAAGCUAAAUGUAUGUUAAAAAACAAAUUUAUUUUUUCCUUUUGUGUAUUCCAUCCAAAUUAAUUUUGCUUAAUACUGUCUAAUAAUCAGUAUUUCACCCUCCUUUGUUCUCAAACAAUCCAAGUAAUCUUAUGAAGAGAAUGUCUGUAUAUUGUGUAUAUAUAUAUGCAAUUUCACCAGUUGUCACAAAAAAUACAUCAAUCUUAAAACAAGUCACGUCUUUAGUUUGAUUUAUUAAGGAAAGAAAUACUGCAUGUUGAUCAAGGCAGCGUGUCUUAAGAACAAGACCAGACAAAUGUGCAAAAAUCUUUAUUACUCAUGACAGAAUAAUAACGACACAAAUUGCCUGUUGAUGCUGCUACAUCUUGGAACAGGAGGUGAUUUAAAGCAUAAAGAAUAGCGCUUACAGUCAUUUGUAACUCCACUUUACACAACACAGAAACACUACACAGCACCACUAGUGGUGAUGUACAGUGAGAACCUUUUUUUUUUUCAAUGUAGGUUAAACUAACGGUACCUAUUCUGCCACACAUUGUCACUUCCCUACUGUCAAAAUAAGGUUUAAAUAUCUCCAGACACUCUGAUCAGAUAAUGCAUGCAGUGUUUU